GUUUGUACCUAACGAGUGAGCGCGCGCGUCGUUUAGAGUCACGUGAUUCAGCGACGUGAAAGAACAAAAAUGGCAGACCAACAAUAUGCUGCACAGUAUCAAACAAGUGGACAAGCAGGAUAUAACUACGCAGGUGCUUAUGGAACAACUCAAGAUGCCUCGACUUAUGGACAACAAGGUGGAGCUGCAUAUGGCUCAGCUACGGCUGGUCAGCCAGCUUCAGCCGGUGGAUAUGGUGGUCAGGCACAGCAGGUAGCGGGCUAUGCUGGGUAUGACACCUCAGCCUACCAGCAACAAGGGAGCACAGGACAAGCAGCACAGCAAAGCCAGUAUGGGCAACAAGCACAAGGCCAGGCUGGUGCACAGGCUUACGGCACAUAUGGUUCAUACGACCAAAGCGGAUACGGCCAACAGCAGUCGGCUCAAGGUUAUGGCCAGCAACAAUCUCAAGGUGGUUAUGGACAGAGUGCCGGCGGACAGCAGUCCCAGAGCUCAUACGGUGGCCAGCAAAGCGGCUACGAUCAGCAGGGAGGUGGAGGUGGCGGUUACGGUGGGUCAGCAUCCGGAGGUGGAGGCUACGGAAGUCAAAGUCAAACAGCAGGAGGUUAUGGCGGUCAGAGUGGCGGCUAUGGAAGCGGAGGUGGUGGAGGCGGUGGCCGUGGGGGUGGUGGAGGCGGAUAUGGAGGUGGCGGAAGAGAUGGUGGUAGCCGUGGAGGUUAUGGUGGUAGUGGCGAUAGAGGUGGUGGUAGAGGAGGUUUCAACAAAUUUGGGGGUGGCGGUGGAGGUGGCGGCGGCAGCUCUUGGGGCGGUGACCGUGAGCUUCAGGAAACUCCUGACACAGUUUUCAUCACAGGACUUAGCGAAAGUAUUGUAGAAGAAGAUCUUUUGGCUCACUUUGGAAGUAUUGGUGUUAUUAAGACUGACAAAAGAACUGGAAAACCAAAAGUAUGGAUCUACAAAGACAAGAUGUCUGGUCAACCAAAGGGUGAGGCCACUGUGACAUAUGAUGAUCCAGAGACAGCAAAGGCUGCAAUCAACUGGUUUAGUGAGAAAGACUUUCAAGGUAAUAUAAUAAAAGUACAGAUUGCUCAAAGGAAAGUUAGUCAGUUUGGUGGAGGACGAGGAGGUGGCGGCGGCGGUGGUGGUGGUGGUGGACGUGGUUUCGGUGGCGGUGGCCGUGGAGGCGGUGAUAGAGGUGGUCGAGGUGGAGGCAGAGGAGGUGGUAGAGAUGGCGGAAACAGUCGUCAAGGAGACUGGAACUGUCCUAACGAGGACUGUGGCAAUAACAACUUUGGUUGGAGGAACGCUUGUAAUCUCUGUAACACACCAAGACCUGAAGGUGCUGGAGGUGACGGCGGUGACUUUGGACGUGGAGGUGGUGGUAGAGGUCGUGGUGGCGGUGGAUUUGGUGGAGGCCGAGGGGGUGGCGGACGUGGAGGAUUUGACAGGGAUAGAGGAGGUCGUGGAGGAUUUGGUGGUGGACGAGGAGGUGAUAGAGGAGGUCGCGGUGGUGGUGGCCGAGGAGGUGGAGGAGGUUACGGUGGUGGACGUGGCGGUGGCGGUGGCGGUAGAGAUGACAGGCGGUCCAGACCAUACUAAACAUUGUGUCCAUAAUCAUCAGUGUUCGAACAACAUACAUGAACAGUCGCUCAUCUUUCAUCGUGCUUUAUUUCUCAUCAUCAUUUCAUCAUUUUGUCAUAGAAUGCUUACAUUCUGUGUUUUAGACAUGUUUUUAAG